UAUCGGUUGAUCGUCGGAUAAAGAUUUUUUAUAAAAGAGUUUAAGGAUGGGGGAUAACCAGACAUUUAUUAAUCCUAGUGUUCUUCAGAAGGUCGAACUAUGCAGUGGAACAGAGUAUGAAUGGAUGCAAACGUUAGGAGAGGUAGAAAUCCAUGUGCCGGUACCAUUAGGAACACGAGGAAGAGAUAUUAGUGUUUUACUAGAAAAAAAAUUAAUAAAAGUUGGACUUAAGAACAAAGAGCCAUUGAUUGAAGGAGAGCUUUUUAAAGAGAUAAAGCAGGAAGAAAGUACCUGGACACUUGAAAACCAAAAAGUGAUUAUUAUACACCUUGAGAAGAUAAAUAAGAUGGAGUGGUGGUCAUCAGUGGUCCAGGGACAUCCAUCUAUUGAUACGUCUAAGAUCCAGCCGGAAAAUUCGAAACUAGGAGAUUUAGAUGCGGAAACUCGAUCAAUGGUGGAAAAAAUGAUGUUUGAUCAGCGACAAAAGGAACUUGGAAAACCCACAAGUGAUGAAUUGAAAAAACAAGAGAUUUUGAAAAAGUUUCAGGAGCAACAUCCAGAACUAGAUUUUUCUAAAGCAAAAAUUAACUGAGUUACCUGAAACAAAAAAAAUAUCGUCAUUAG